CAUUUUUUGCACCCUAUUAGACCCCUGCUCAAAAAAUAUUGUCACACCACAAUAUGUUCCCACCAGGCUACAGUAAAGUCUCCCUUUGUAGUAUUUUUUUCAUUUACUCAUUGUAUCGCUUCAAGUAGAUUCAGAACGUUAAAUUACUCCAUAUUUCGAAAGAAUGACUUGCAACAUAUUAUUUCCACGCUUCAAACAUAUAAAAACAACAGAAACGAUUGUAACAACUAAAAUCUGAUAUGAUCGCAUUUAAUCUUUAAAUUCACAAUGUUUUGACUGUAUCGAUAUUGGUGGACUUGACUGUACAUAUGAAAUGACGUUGCUUUGUUUUGAUCUGAGCUGAAAAAUGUCCUUCGCUGUUUUCGUUCGGCUCCUCUUGAAUUCGGGAUCGUUCUGUGAGUAUAAUUUACAAUUCAGUUCUAAAAGAAUCUAUUAAAGUUGUGAUUUUUCUUUGAAAUCCGAUUGAACAGGAAAGAAAAAUAUCAACAGCAUGGAUGAUCAACAAGGAAGUGAUACGGAGGCACCAGAGGCCGAGCCUGAGGCAGAAUACCUGAUCCAUAGCGAUAUGCCGGAUGCGUGGAGUACGGAGCUGCCGGAAGAUCCCCUGGAUGAUAUUUUUGACGAUACGGAAGACCAAAAGGAGGACCAGAACAAUCGAUCAAGCCGGUCGGGCAGUGCGAAUCACGAAGUUGAGAGGUUGGGGGAUUCCACGGAUAUUUUCGACUGCAUCUUCCUCGCAUACAAACGGCAGUUUAAAGGACAAUCUUCCGGGGCAUUCAUUGCACGAUGGCAAAUCUCAGCACCCACUAUUGAAAGUUUUGUGUGCAAGUUGUGGAAUUUGGCGAAGAAUCAUUUGAACCGGGAGGUCACCUUCACCGUGCAAGCAGAUGGAUCAACAUGCCCAGAGUGGGGGGCGAAUGAAACACCCACUGAAGCAGACUUUGACAAAUUUGUGUUGUUCCAGUCAGGCCGCCGACACUACUCGUUGGAUAAACUAAAGGAGGGUAGCAGUCUGUUGCAGAGUUGGAGAGACAAGGAGAUUACGCUUCUCCUACACGUAUACUCUUUGUCCAUUAGCAAUCGCACGGUUUGGAACUCAGUCAAGGAGAGCCUCAUCAAUCCUUCCGAAAGAGAUCGCUCGGGAGCUGCAACAACGCAAGCUGUGGUCGAAUUAGCAGAUGAGUUAAGAUCAAAACACGGAGAUUAUCUCGAUGCACACGGUAUGGCAUGGUCGUUUUGGGCGAACUCCAUACUGAACGGUCCGGCUCACUUGAGAGAGUCCCUUAAGGACCAUCCACCGCAGCAUCUGGCUCACCUCUUUCGCGCCAAGGAAGGAAAGCACGUUAACGCGAUUCUCAGAGAACUAACGGUGGCUCAUAGUGUGAACAACAGUUAUCAUGAAGAAGUUGUGGCGUUGCGGCAAAUUUUUGAUAUGUGUGAAUUAAACGUACGGAAUUUGAACAACUCAAUGAAAAUGUUCAAGACUCGGUUGGAGGCAUUGGAGUUAAGGGACAAACUGAGUGAUUCAAUGAUUGAUGCUAUGAAAUCGACGGUUAAGGUACAAGAAGACCAGCUAGGAGAAAAGUUGAAGGCACAAGUGAUUGAUUUGGAAGAUGUGGACCACAUGUAAAAAUAUUGUAAU